AUGCCAUCCGCUCCCCCCGCCCCUAACCUCCGCGUGCCCGCUCCCUCGCCGCCUCUUUUGACCCUCCCUGCCCCCCUCGCCGUUUCCCACCUCCCGCAAUUCGUUCCUCCCCCCCGUGCCCUCCCCUCGUUUACCUUCUCCUCCCCCCUCCCCUCCUCUGCCCCACGCUUCUUCCUUCCCCUCGCUAACCUACUCCGCUCCCUGCCCCUCCUUAAUUUGCACCCUGCCCCUCGUCUUUCGUCCCCCUGCGCUUGCUUUCGCCCCUCCCUGCCCCUCGCUGCCUUUCUCCGCUCCCCUCCUCCCCCCUCUCCCCGGGCCCCCACUCUCGCCCCCUUGUCCUUGGCUUUCCACCUCCCUGCCCCAGGUUUCCCCCCUCCUUGUGCUCAGCGUCUCCCCUCCCUGCUUUCUCCCUCUUCCCCGCCCUGCCCCUCAUUUUCCGCACCCCCACGCCCGGUUUCUCCCCUCCCUGCACCUCCCUAUCUUUCCCCGUCCCUCUCCUUUGUUCCCUCCCUGCCCCUGGCCGCCCAUGCCACUGUCCUUGGUUUCUCCCCUCCCUGCCUGACUCCCAUCCAAACGCCCCCACUCUCCCCCGGCUGCCCGUUUUUGCUCUCCACCCUGGCGACCGUGUGUGGCUUCCAAACGCACGGGGCGUUUCUUCGCACGAGCGAGCCUCCACGGGGGGCCCCCACCCCGCGGAGUCAUUAUUGCCCUCUACACCUCUACGAGCCGUACUAUCCCCUCCAGCCUCCCUUUCCCCCUCAGCGCCUCCCGUAUCCAGCGUGGGCUGCACGUCUGCUUUCCGUCCUACCAGGCCCUUUGGUGACCGACCUGCCGUCACCCAUCUCCACACUGCUUUUUCCAACCCCAGCAGCACUCUACACCCCUUGUCCCUGCUCCCUGUGCUGCCCAGCCCCCUUCCACGUCCUCCCUCUGCCAUUUCCUGGCACCAGCCCGCCCUUCCCUUCUCCAGCCGCACUCUACACCUCCUGCCCCUGCUCCCAGUGCCGUCCAGCUCCCCUCCCCAACCCCCCUCCGCCAUCUCUUUGGCCAGUUCCAUCGGCACUCCCUCCUCCCUGGGGUCCACCCCUCCGCACUUAUCACCCAUCACGAUCUCCCUGUCCCCCCCUGCCCCUUGCGUUCCAGCCCCCCAUUCUCUUGGCCAUCGUCCACAGCUCCUCUUUCCGUUGCCCCCUCUGCCCUCCCAUGCUCACACUUCUCGCCCCUCAUCCGUUCCAAUACCCAUUGCCGGGCCUACGCCAGCCCUGCCACCCGUCCCCUCACCAACUACCCUAUCUCCCUCCCUCCCUGCCACCCCAUCCCCUCUGCCCCCCCUGCCUCACUCGUCCGUCCACACUACCCCUCGAACUCUAUUCCCCCCUUCCCUCUUCAGCCCUAGCACCCUCCCCCACACCCCGCUCUCCCCCCGCCCCAUUACCCCCUCUCCCCCACCCUCCCUGCUACCAGCUACAACUACCACUACCUCUGGUCUCUCACCCCCUCCAACAGGCAGCCCCCUCCUACCCUCCUUCCAGUCCACUCCCCAACCCCCUCCACCCCACCCCACUGCCCCCCUCCCAGAGACACCGAUACCCCCCGUUCCUUUAA